UUGAGAACCUUCCCAAUGAGAAAGAGGUUAUUUAUGGUAUGUUGGACAAGUGGAGUGCUUUUGAAACUGAAUUUCCUGUUAUUGCUGCUGCAAAAGCCUUGGAAAUUCUACAAAGUCGAAGAAAGUGGCUUCAAAUCAUUCAGGUUACCAAGUGGUUGUUGAGCAAAGGCCAAGUACUUACAAUGGGAACAUUUGACACAUUGCUCUUGGCAUUUGAUAUGGAUGGGAGAGUGGAUGAAGCUGAAUCCGUAUGGAAAAUCAUUUUACAAACAAACACUCGUUCAGUCUCCAAAAGGUUGUUUUCAAGGAUGAUUGCUUUCUACGACCAUCUUCACCAUCCUGAUAAAAUUUUGGAGGAUUCACAGCUAAUUCUUUCUCAGCUUCUCAACUGCAUUUGUGUCUUUUGCUGAUUAAAAAACGAUAGCAUUAAAAAAUUUCACAUUAUGGUUGCUAGAAAUUAUUGUUGUUUUUCUGAAUUGUAGAUAUGGAGGAAUUAGGAGUAACCCCUGAAGAAGAUACUGUUACAAGGAUAAGAAGAGCCUUUGAAAUGUUGGGACAAAAUGAUAAGCGAGAUCUAUUGUUUAAAAGAUACAAGAGCAAGUGGAGGAACCUCCACUUCAAUGGCGAGCAUGUCAGAGUUCGCUCAACAGAAACAUAUAACUAAGUAUCCAGUUACUUGUUAUCAAACGCAACACAAAUCAAAGCAGUGCAUUGUUGCAGAAUGGCGCGCUCACUUUUUGGUACGAGAUGCAAAGUUUCUCGUUAGCAAGCAAGUAGGAAACCUGAAGGCAGAAGCUGGACUAUGAGUAAAUACCGUUUGAGUAUUGGCUGCAUCUGCCAUCUUGACAACUUGUGGCUGAACGUCUGGAUGUUCUCUGUUUGUAGUAUUUCAUUGUGAAUACAAAAUGCAUCUCCAUUUACAAAUGUUGUGCCAAUUAGUCAUGAUAAUUUUCUUUGAAUAUGAUGGAAGAUUCAUGGAUGGAAGAUUCAUGGAUGAAUUU